GCUUCAGUGCCACUCGUGGCACAUUUUCGAACUGUUACUCGAUACGAUAUAAGACCCGAUUUUUCAAAAUUUUCCCAUUACAGUUUCUUCUUGUGUUAAAGAAGAGAUGCUGAAACCAUCAACGAAUGUUCCCGGUACUGCGGUAUCGUGUUCUCUAUCGCUACCUGGUUCAGGACAAUCGAACCAAAUAUUAUCUGCAGACAAAGAUACGGACGCAGUUCCUUGUCAUGGAGAGCUGAUACCCCCCAAAAUAUUGAUUGAAAGUAGCGAAGAUGAAGGUCAAUCUGAUCAGACUAACGUAUCUGCCGCAAAUAUGGCCGUUUUACCAGUCAGGUGCAACACCACCAAUGCUGAAUUACAUAAAAGAAGAUUUGGCUCUGGAGGUAGAGGCCGCUCUAUAAAAGUAGGCCAAAAUUGGUAUACUCCGAUUGAAUUCAAGGCGUUAUGUGGCAGAGCGUCUACUAAUGAUUGGACAAAAAGCAUACGAUUCGGAGGAAGGAAUUUGGAAAAAUUAAUUGAUGAAGAAAUCUUGAAACCACACGCAACCUCUUGUUUUUGUGCUAUAUGCUGUGAUGACGAUAGUGCAACAAGCCCUGUUCGAUUACAUACGCCAAGGCGAAGAAGAAAGAGGCAGGUUUCUGGUCGGGAGUCUCCAUUUUAUAAAUAUGAGAGUGACAAUUCAAGAAAUGAAAGUGACAAUGAAGUUGUUCUUGAUAAGGAAGUGUGCCCACAACUAUUUUCAACAGAUGGGUUGCUUUUACAGCAACCACAACAUCAAUAUAAUGUACAGAAUGUACAUCAAACUGAAGAUAGACAGAAUGAUGAUGAUGAUAUAUUUAGAAACAUAGAUGAAGUGUCUAAUAAACUAUUAGAUUUGGUAUUAGUGUUAACAGAUGGUUCGGUUUUACAGCAACUGCAACAACAAGAUGCUGUUGUACAGAAUGUAUAUCGAACCGAAGAUGGACAGAAUGAUGAUGAUAAUAUAUUAAAAAACAUAGAUGAAGUGUCUAAAAAACUAUCAGAUUUGGUAUUAGAGUUUGGAAUAAACCAAAAAAAGCAAGAGUUGAAAAGGCAGCUACGCAGAGGGUAUAAUAAAGUUAAAGAGGAUCGUGAGUAGUUUGUAGACAUAGCAGCUAUUGUUUUUUUAAUAAAAAAUGUUAUACAACGAA